UGUCCCCUAAAAUCCCUAAUUUUUCACAUUAUUUUUGCUGACUUCAUUCCUUGUCCAGGUCAAGUUCUUCUCUCUCCCGUCGUAAACUGCUUUGCUCAAUAUAAAACAUCAACAUAAAAAAAUGUUCUCUCAUUCCAUUCUCUUUUUCUUGAAAGUUACAAUUUUUUUUUUCUUUUCAAAUUUCUUCAGAAGAUUACCUAUCAAUAUAGAAGGAAAUCCCAUCCUAGGAAUAUAGGAGGUUUUUGUCUUGCCAUCAUUAUGCAGAAUGGGACACAAAUGUUCUGCAAUUUAAAAUGAUGAGAAUGAGAAGGAUCUGAAUGCAGAUAAUCCCAGUUAAAUGUCAUUCAAAUAUCUUAGAAGGGUACGAAGGAUCUGAAAGCAGAUAAUCCCAUUUAAUUGUCCUGCAAAUAUCUUCAGAGGGGUACUUAACCCAUUUGGGAUUAUUGGCAAUUAAAUUCUUAAUCAUGCAGGCCAUUGUAGUAGAAAUUAGUUCUUCAGAUGACGAAGGAGAAACUGAACCACAAUCCAGGAGGUCCUCUUCAUUUAAAAGGACCUCCGUUACAGACGACGAUGACGAGCUAACUGUAAUUGAGAGCUUUAUCUGUUCUGAGAAGAACAGUCGCCCUAAGAGGGCUAAAAGUUUUGGAACCCAAAUUGAAGAUUUGGAGAAUGAUUGCUUGGUUUUAGAGGGUGAUCCAGAGAAAGUUGCUGCUGAUCCAAGGGCUACGGUUGAUGAGUCAGAGGAUUUGAUAGUGACUGCAGAAAAAGGGGAGGUUGCAUGUAGGGACUUUCCUCACCCACGGCAUCUUUGUGUGAAGUUUCCAUUCAAAAACACUCCUCAUGAGAAGUAUUGUGAAAAGUGCCACUGUUAUGUAUGUGAUAAGCCUGCUCCAUGUUUGUUUUGGGGCAAAGAGAAUCCUGAUAAGGAUCACUGUCACUCAUCAGACAAAGAAGAAAAGUGGAAAAGACAAAGGACUUUCUACAAGAUGCGUGAUUGUAAAGAGCCACCCAGAACUUUACAGCGCUCUUUCAAUACCAUACUCACAUUAACUGCAACGAGGACCACAGUUCCUGUAAGCCGAAGCAAUCAAGCAAAUGCAGGGGCAGUGUCACCUCUUCAGCUGAAUCCUAACAUGGAUCAACAGAGAUCUUUGUAUCCUACAACUAUUAGAAACUGUGCUGCUAAUAAGGAAGUGACACCUUCCCGCUAUACUAAGCAUGUGGCCAACCAGAAUCCAAGAGUUGGCCGGAGUAGAAGCAGAUUUACAAGCCCUUACCGGAGAGAUCCAUUAAAUUUAGGCUCUAUUGGGCAUGGAGGCUAUGUCAGAGGAUCAAAUGGAAGUCGAUUUUCUGCAGAUGAUUUGCAGAGACAGAGAAAUUGCUUCAAUACAUUUGUUACAAACAAUAACAGGCCAAACCCUCUGGAUGCCUGUUCUAUUACUCAAACACAAUCAAUAAACAUCCAUUCUAGUGAACAGAUACAUGCCAAUGAUAUGCUACAAAGAAAUGUCAGUUGUCCUCAAACCUCUGUACUUGAUGACAUGAGUAAGCUGUGGGAUUUCCUGCUGGGUGCUGAUAUAGAGGAAAGCGGCACAAUUCAGAAUGAUUCUUCUAGUGAUUUGAGUCUCAAUAUUACAUUAAACCCUUCUAGUUCUAGCAAUUCAAAUGCAACAAAUGUCACAAUGCAACCUAAUCCAUCCACAGAAUCAUUGGCUUCUUGUGUUGAUUCAAACCAUGAGCUUCAAUUAUUACCACAAUCUAGUUUUUCUGUGGGAGUUUCUACCGCAGCUGAGAAUAUUGUUCAAUGGCCGCACACUCAAAAUCCUAGUUCAACUGCUACAGAGCAGAGCGCAGAACCUGCCUCUUACUUCAAUUAUGACUGGCUUCAUGAAACUGCAUAUCCACCACUGAAUCCUGUAAUUGAUCCAUGGCCUCAAUUUGUAAGUGAAGUGACAUCCACAGGUCACACCUGGAAUUAUGUUGCUUCUCAGCCUUCUACUAAAAUCAACGAAUCUGGAGUCUCGGUGAACAUAAGUGACCAGAAUCCAAUCAAACAUAAUAAUGCUGAAACAGGCAUUCUUGCUGCACAACCACAACAGGCAGAGUGGGCAAUUCCUCAGGUACCCUAUCCAGAUAUAAGUAAUACUGCAGGGCAAAUUUGUUCUGAUCACAGUUUUGCUACAUCCUCAUCAUCAGCUCCUGCAUUAUAUGUUGAUCUGAACAACUCAUGGGAGACAUUGGCAAUGAGGCAAAAUCCGAGUUCCUACUUUGAAUGCACUUGAGGAUAAUGAGAUUACCAACAAGGGUGUUCACUAUUAUAGUAUCAUCUAGUCCAAACUUUUUGCCAACUUUUCCAUUAACCAUGGAAAAUCUAGUAACUUCCGUAGGAUUUAUUCUGCUGUGAAAUUGCAUUGUAAAAAAAUAUACAAGAAGUUAUUGAUCAUACUUGUACAGUAAUAUCAUACGAUGAGUAGUCCCUAUGUUUUUUCGUUUCCCACAAGCUUCAUUCUAACUGGUUAUGAGGAACUUUAAUAAGGAUCAUUAUCUAUUUAUGGAA